GCGGAGCCAAUCUGGCCCAUUGCAAAAGUUCAGUCCAUUGCUAAUCUGGCCAAAUGAAAAAGUUCAGUCGGACAUUCAACGCACGCCGCAGCCCGCAAGACUCCAGACCGGCCACUGCUCGCCCGCUCCGCCGCUCGCAACGCCGGAGGCCGCCCGCCUGGCGCCCGCCCCUCUGCUGCUCCUGCUCGCCUACGCAGCUACGCUGCUUCUCUCGAGCACUCGUGUCCAGACACAACCAGCCCACGAAUUACAGAAGGGAGACGGAGACUCCAGUCUUCUCUCUUCAGCCCGACUUCCCCUGCUUGGCCUCACUCGGUCACCCUGCAAUUCAGCGCUUCGGCCAAUCGACCCUUCUCACUUUCAGGCAUCACGCUUCAAAAGCUUGAAGAGCCGAUUGCAAGCUCUGAUUCUGUGAAGCGAAUUCACUGUCCAGCCUGGUGCAGCGUAAUCAGUGGGAGAACUCCUGAAGCGCAGACUCUAAACCCAAUAUUCAAAGUUUUAUACUACAUAUUUCUUAUCAAACCCUAAUACUUGAGUAUGGAUUCCACUGUUAAGAAAUGUCAGCAGAGGUUCAGAAAAUUGAAGGAUGAGACUGAUAGGUGGGAGGAGCUUCAAACUAGACUGCUUUCCCAAUUUACUAAUGCCUCAUCCAUCAUCCAGAGGUUGCAGGUGAUUCAAAAUUCCCAAAACUAUGGUGCAUUGAAAUGCAUUCAAGGUAUUGAAAAUGCUGUAUUGGCAAAACAGUUGGAUUCUCUGCAAACAAUUCUCUUUUCUAUGAACAAGACACUGGAAGAAUUUCAUUCCAUUGUUUUAUCUUUAGAGAAGAUUGUUCGUGUUUGUAGACAGCAAGUAAAAUCUGGACUGGCCCAACCAACUAUGAAACAGUUGCAGAAACGAAUUGGCAUCAAACCAAGUCUUGCAGAUUGCUUAGAUGGGCUUAGUAUUCUUUGUGAGAUGCACCGAUCAGAGUACUGUCUUAAAUCUUCCGUGUUAUCUGCAACUUCAACAAUUGCCUUUAAACCCAGUGUGGCUAAUGAUUUAAGUCUCUUCCAGCAGCUUUUGAUAGAUCAGCCUAAUAUCCCUAAAGAUGAAGUACAAUUUGUAUUUGAUGUCAUUUUUGCUGAAGACAUCUAUUAAUGCUUAUAACUCUGGAGAGGUGCGAAACGUCUUGAGAUUGGACCUCAAGCGAACGAGUUAGUGUCAAAAUUAGCUUGAGCAUUGACGGCACUAAAGUCUUUGUGUGCCUCAAAAUAAAAUCAAUACUCGCACUAAUAUGGUAGUAUAUUGUAGUAAGGUUCGUAUUCACAAGGAUUUUUAAGAUUGUUUGAAUUUAAAAAUAUUUUAACACUAAUAUGAAUAAAUUAUGUGAUUUAAGAUGUUUUUACUUGGAUUGAAAUUUGCUGGUCUGGAUUGAACUGGUCUAGUAAAUGUUUGGUCUCUAUAUUUCAUAAUUAUGAAAGUUUG